AUGAGUGAUGAUGGAUUAGAUAACGAUGGAAAUGCUCGCUAUUACGCCACAAAGACGGAACAGCAGUGGUUGAUAUGGGGUCUUCGUCGUUAUUUUUCGUUUCCUGAGAGAUCCUCCAAUAGAAACCAAAUUGCAGCACAAGUAACGGAAUACCUGAAAAACUUUUCACCGCAUUGGACUCAUAGAGCUGUACGUCUAUGGUUUAACAACAAUAAAAAAACAUUUUUCAAUGAUUCCGGUUUUCCACUGAUGGGAAUGGCUUCCAUCGUACAAAGACCGAUGCAAAUGCAGCCGCAGAUGAUGUAUCAAAUGCAGGCUAUGCAAGCACCUGUAAUGAAGCAACCAAAUCCUCAACAACCGCAAGCUCAAGCUCCAUUACAACAGAAUCAACAAAUUCCUCCUGCACAGCAGCCAAUUCAACCAGUUCCUCAGCAAGCUCCCCCACCACAACAAAUACCUCCACCGCAGCCUGCUCAACAACAAAUACCACAAAACAGCCAAAAUCAAUCUGUUCCAAAAGUCCAUAAUCCAUCACCAAAAGCACCAUCACCUGUUCAACAUCCACAGAAUACAUCCCAAAUACUACAAAUGCAACAGCCAAUUCCACAAGUCCAAGUUUCAUCACCUCAAUCUCAACCUUCUCAGAAGGUUUCCACACCAAUAGCUUUAUCACCUGUACCACAACAAUCAACACCACCACAAAAUCAUCCUCAAAAAGUUUUAUUACCUCCGAUAAGGCCUCCUCCGCCAAAAGUUCAUUUCAAUUCACCAAACUUAGUGAGAACACCAUCCAAUAGCGCCCUCAACGAAUACCAACCGCCGAAACCAAAGAAUAUUUAUUCGAAUUUAUCUCAAAUUAUGAAGCAAAUAAGAUCAUAUAAUUCUAACGAAACAGAUAAACUAAGUAGUCUUUGCGAACAAUACGACUCAGAAGUACGAAAAAUCGUUUCUUCUGAAGGAUUAUGCAGUCCUGAGAAAAUCGCAUGCGGAAUGCCAUUUGUUCAUAUAAGGAGUGGUCUUCCUGACCAAAGUAUGGAAGAUAUUGUCACAGAAACUCCUUCAGAUUUCUCAUUAUCUCAUCGUACUUUGAGUAUUCUUGAUCCAGAGAGCUAUUUAGCCUCUCCAAACGUAUCUACAACAAAUAUCCCACAGGCAGAUACACCAAUGCGCGUUCUAUAUCAAGAAAGAAGAUUCAAUCAGAUUCGAGUCGGAACUUACGAUAGUAUUACAAUUACCAAUAGCUUUGCAUGUUAUGUAUAUAGCGAUCUGAUGUCGCCUGCUAAGCUAAUGGCCGUAAGUGACGUGACAAAUCCGAAAUUAAAUUUUGUUUCUUUUACUUUGCCAAGUGCGCUAACAAUUGAAGCACUUUGCAUAUCAGAGAAUAAGUCUGCCUGGUGCUUUGACGGAAAUAAAGUCAUGAGAGUCCCAUUUAGAAAUAAUCCAGUUCAAUCAUUCACAGUUGACACUUCAGGAGCUGUCGGAUCACCGAUACUCGUCCCAAUAGAGGGAACUCCUCAUACGGCUCUUGCUUUUUCCCAAUCAGAUUCUUUAUAUAAUUUAAUUUAUGACGGAAGUAAGGUCAAUACGAAGAAAAUACAAAUGCCAUACCGUGGAAUAUCAGCAUUGAUGUCCAGUGGCACUUCUUUCUUCACUUCUCCCGCAGAUUCAUUUUCCAUCCGCCAAAUCUCGAACGAAGGCAAAGAAAUCGGUUCUUUUAUUGGUCACACAAGCAUUGUAAGAGAACUGAUGAAGCGUACGUCUACAGAAUUCGUUUCGAGAGCUGAUGAUGGAACAGUUCGUCUUUGGGACAUCAGAACUCCUGUUCCAUCGAUUACUUUGAAUUGUCAGGCCACGUGUAUAUCUGGAGACAAGAAUUACGUCGUUUGCGGCAUGAAUAACAAAGGAAUUUCCGUUUUCGACGUCAGAGACAGCAGACAAGCUCUAUAUGUCCCAACACAGGAAUAUUUGGCCGAAGCAAUAUGCUACGAUGGAGAAAAUGACGUAACAACGAUGUUCGGACUUAUAUCUCGAGAUAUCGGAAAAGAUUCUAUGAUUUUCAUCGAUACAGAUGGAAUUUCGAGAAAGAGAGUAUUCAGGAAAUACGAAAACUUUGUUUCAAUUAGAUAA